UCCGAUGCUCUCAAACAAUCUAUCAACCGCCGACCUAUUCCUCUCGAUUCUGCGUCUUCGACCUUCAUACAAUGCCUUAAUCGCCGCGUAUCCACCGCAACCUCCGAUCUCGAAAUGCUCGAUUCCAUGUUCUUCGGUACCGUAUCUUUGGAAGAGCUUUUAGGUCACUGCAACGAAUUAUACAAGAAAAACCAAUCCGAUCUGAUCCAACUCGAAGAUCAUCUAAAAAGCUACGGUUACGUUCCCGUUCCGGAUACCGAGGAAGAAGAUGAUGUUCACGAUUUACAAAAUCAGGUUUUGGAUGAUAAAUUGGAUAGUCCUUCUUCAUUUUAUGGAUCACUCUCCGCCGCCGAUUCUAGCUUCAAGAGUUUCGAAGAAGAUGCUUUAUUUGAUGAAUCUUUGAGUUUGAAAAAGCUUGGGCUAUCAGAUGCAUGUCUAGCCACGUUAGCAUCUGAAGGUGAUGCAUCUUCAUAUGAACUUGAGAAAGUUCCUAAUUUAGAGGCAGACAAGGAAAGUUUAAAGUCAGCUGAAGGUCCCAGCUUCACUUUAAAGGUAUUAAAGAGCGAAUAUGAAUGUCUUCCGUCCUAUAUGAAGGGUCUAGCAUCAUGGGAGGAUCUACUUGUAGCUGUUGACAAGAUUAAUUCAAGCCUAAGCAAGAAGACUAAUGGAUGCAACUUCUUCCGUCAAGAUGAUAUUUCUUCAUUUGAAUUAGGACCUAAAGCAAGAUCAUAUUUGCUGCUUUUAGUGCGCAUGAACCUUAUGGUUGUUGAAACGAUUGAUGGACUAUUAUCAUACAGAAUACUGUAGAUAUGAGAUGCAAUGGUAACUUAUAUUCCAAGAAACAUGGACACGGCAGAUGAACACAACACAUAACAAAGUAUAGUCUGAUUGUUUGAAGUGUUCAAUCAUUUUGGAUCUUUAAAAUAUGUUUUCUUCCUUCUGCUUUUAACGUUGAAAGUAGAAUAUCUAAAUUGUUAUUUGGUAUUGGCAAUGGUUGUACUUGCUGAUGCUAGAUCAGGUUAUAUAAUAUUUUUUUCCAGGGAGGACUGCCACUGUGUCACGAGGGAUGCAUGCGCUCCCUGAGAAAAGAAGGGGAAAGAAAAUGGACAAUGAUAUCAUGAGUCUUAAACCUUUAAAUUUGGAUGUGCAUUAGAACUACUAGUUCUUAAGAAGAAAAUGGUUUUACAAUA